AUGUCUUUGGUGUCUACUCCGAGCCAUUGGUCUUUUUCUCGCGAGGAUGCAAGAUACUCUCCUCUCUGGAUUUUUAUUGCUGGUAAUAUUUUUAUCUAUCUAUCUAUCUAUCUAUCUAUCUAUCUAUCAAAUCUAUCUAUCUAUCUCACUAUAUAUUGUCAGUCAGUCUGUUUAUCUAUCUAUCUAUCUAUCUAUCUAUCUAUCUAUCUGUUUAGUUCAAUCUCUAUCGUAGUAUAUCCUUCCGUUGGCAUUUAUCUAUCUCUCUAUCUAUUGCAAUCUCUAUUUCUGUCUAUCAUAGUGUAUCCUUCUGUUCGCAUCUAUCUAUCUAUCUAUCUAUCUAUCUAUCUAUCUAUCUAUCUAUCUAUCCUAUCUGAUUCAUAUCUAUCUAUCUAUCUAUCUAUCUAUCUAUCUAUCUAUCUAUCUAUCUAUCUACCACAUUCUGUUAAUCCCUCUCUUUCCAUCUAUCACAUUCUGCUGAUGUCUAUAUUUCAAUCUAACUCCGUCACGUCAUUAUUGAUUAUCUAUCUAUCUAUCUAUCUAUCUAUCUAUCUAUCUAUCUAUCUAUCUAUCUAUCGCAGUCUGUGCUUUCUUUCUUUCAGUCUGUGCUUUCUUUCUUUCUUUCUUUAUUUGUUUCUCUCUCUCUCUCUCUCUCUCUACACACACACACACACAUAUAUAUAA